GACGUCAGCAAGGUGACACCCACCUCUCCUCCUCCUCUGUCUGCUCCGGUGUGUUGCAACGCGACUCCAGCACGGUUCCCGGUGGAGAUUUUGUCAGAAAGAGACCUGCCACCUUACUCUUACAUUUUUGUUCGAGUUCACCUGAUGAACAAGAGACAACAAUGAAGAUUUAUUCAUCGCGCGACGGACCUUAAACAUGUUCAGCGCGUGAAGCCAAAAGGACUCACACAAUAUCUGUAACAUCUGUUGGCCAACAAAGUGGGAUAGAACAGACCCUCUGUCCACAAUGUCCUCCAGAGGUAAAAAUGACUUGUGUCGAAUAUGCGGGGGAGACCUGCAGGGAAACCAAAGGCGGUGGCUGUUUGGAGGCCACAACAAGAAGAACGGUCAGCCCCAGACCCCAACAGGGUCCCUGCGAGGAGGGAGCCUGUCUCGGUCUUCACAGAGCAGCCCCUGGGGCAGCACUUUAUCACUGGGUUCCUCUGGCUCCCUGUCCAAGUCCCAGUUAUCCCUGAGCUCCCAGUCCAAAGGAAUGGAUCUACUCUCAGUGUUGACUCAUAUACUGGGGCAGUCUGUACCAAGAGGCAGUGGGCAGGGGGAGUUUGUAUGUGGAAAAUGUGUAAGUGUCCUUGAGCGAGUAUUCAAGUUUGACACAGUCAUAGCCAGGGUGAGAGUGCUGUCAUCUGAGAGGCUUCAGAAGCUGACACAAGAGAGGGACAAGGUCAGACAGUGGGUGCGCCAUAAUUAUCGGCAUAGACAUCCACAGGACUUCAGCAGCAGGGGCAGCACCAGUGAAGAGGAUGGAGAGUCAGAGAAGGAAGGCUACAGGGAGAUGCUCCGAGAGAACAUGGCACUCUCUGAGUACGAGUGCUGGUCUGAAAAGUGGGACGCAUGUCCUCAUUUUAUAAGGACAGGUAAAAGAUGCAGAAAGGGCAAAGGCUGUGAGGGCUGUGAUUCUUUACGGGUACCUGACUCAGAUUAUGAGUCUGUUUGUGGAGUCCCUCGCCACUUGCCGUAUGAGCCCUUCUCCCCAUUGCCGCUGUCACGGGACAAAUCCCAAAGUAUGCCCCUUCACUGGCAGCGUGUGCCAUCCAUUCGCUCAAGUCCAUCUUCACUGGCAGGUUCAACGCUAUCUUUACGAUCUUCUUCCCGAACUGAGUCCAUCCAGUCUUUGGACUCUCUUGAUGGGAACGACCCGUUUGACUCUCCAGGCUUUCACUUUGUGCUAAAUGAGCUCAAAAGCAUCGAAGGGAAGCCAAUCAGUUCGCCUUCAGGGAGUAGGAUCCCAAUUCUGGGGAGGAAGGACGGGAGGAGUUCUGGAAAAGUUGGAGAGGUGGUGUCACCCAGAGUGAACAGGGUGCUGAGCUUUGGGGAUGUGGAGAACGGAGGGGAGGAAAUGGGCGAUGAAGAUGGUGAUGUCCUAACAGAGCUGAGGGACGAGUUCAUGCCUCUUCAUCGAGAGAACACUUCUGGAAGGGUUCAGCAUGCUGUCAAGCACCUGCGUGGCCAGCUGGACCAAGCUUUGUCACGCAUCAGGACCCUGGAGGCUGAACUGAAACAUGGGAGAAGCAAACCAGUUGAAGCCAAUGGAUCAGAAGAAUGGACACCUUUGGUCCAAGGGGAAGGUGGCAGCUCCCUGCUGCAGAGCCUCGGUCACUCCCUGCGUAGCCGAGAGCGUGUGAUCCAGGAGUGCUUUGGUCUAAUCAGAAGACUGUGUGUGGAGGAGGGAGCAGGCACAGAGCUGGCCAAUAAGCUGACUGAGAAACUGACUGAGAAUCUGAAGGAAGCUCUGUCCGACAACAAGGCUGCCUUGGAGUCUCUGAGGUCAGCAAUGAAAGAACAGGAGAAGAGUAUGGAGAAAGAGAUCGAAGCUCUAAGGAAGGCUGGAAGAGAUCGAGAGAAAGACCUGGACACACUGAACACUGUCCUGCAGUGCAACCAGGAUAUUAUUAAUGAGCUUCGAGUGGCUCUGGGGGAGAAGGAGCACCUGCUGAAGGAGGUGGAGAAGGAGAGGGAGGUGUGGAAACAGAAAGACCGGGCCCUCUCGACUGUCCUACAGGAGAAAGAGGCUCUGAUCCAAUACCUAAAAGAGGAGCUGGAGAAGAGUCAGAAAGAUGCAAAGGCCCUAUCUGGCUCUGUGAUUGGUCAGGACUCAGCAGGGGGCGGGACUCACAUAGCAGCCUGGUUGGAGGAGAGAGAGGGAAACAGUGCCACCCUGUGCAACGAGGUCACCAAACUCACCACAGCCCUGCAGGAGUAUCAGGACAUGGUGCAGACUCAACAGGAGAGUCACAGUCAGACGGUUUCCUCUCUGACAGCUAAACUCCGAGACACUCAGCAGGAGCUGAGGGAGAAAGAAAAGGAGAAGAAGGAGGCUGAUCGGGCUGUGCAGAACAUCGGAGAAGACAGAGAGCGAGCCGAGAGGAAACUGAGGGAAAGUCUAGAGAAGCGAGACAAGCUCAUUGAGCAAAUCCUGUUGGAUUCUGAGGAGCGGGACCACCUGUUCAGAGAGCUGCAGCAGAACCUGCAGAACAAGCAUGAACCUCUGACUGCCGUCAAACACACACUGUAAUGGAGGACUGCUGGCCUGACAAGAUGCAAACUAACUACACAGAAAUGGAGGAUUUCUUUUGCACUUUCUGCACUACCUUUGGGCUCUUCAGAAUAUUUAUCAUAGUGUACAUAAAGACUAUUUAUAUUUGCCUUUUUCGAGGUUUGAUUUUCAGACCUGCUUUGUUCUUUCUGCUGUGGGCCAAAGAUAAGUUUAGUUUUCUUCUGUUGUUACUAAACUCAGUGAAGAGUCUCAUUUAUUUCAGGUUUAAAGACUCAGACAUGACCUGGUUGUUUCAUUUUGUAGCUGUUGAUCAAUACUUGAUUUAGAAAUCACCACAUUACUGUAUGUACUUAAUUUUGAAUGUAAGGGUUCGAAUGGUUAGGCAUUGAUUAGAUUUCAUUUCAUACAGUGGGUGUUGACAUUUCUGAAUGUGGAUCGUUAGUCAAACUAAGAAACAUUCAUUUAGUCCUAUAGGACAAGAGUGGGUAUGAGCUUGUGUCCCAUCAGAACAUGCUGUUUUCAGUUCGGUGACGCUUCUUGCAGUGGUGUUUGUCUUCACAUUUUUACUUCAAACUUAAGUCUGAAGGGAUCUGCCAUUUCUUGUUUACUUUGCUAGUUUAGCACUCAAAAAGUGGAAUUCCAUGGACCAAAUUAAUGUUUUAACUACUUUUCUUUUAUAAAAGUCGAAUUUUUCAUUUUAUUUUGGAGCUAUUCUCACUGGUCUUCAGUGUUGACAUGCCUCAUUUUGUUAGCAGGGAGUUAAUCCCAGAGUUAUUGUCUUUCU